AUGAGAACCGUCGUGCUCUUGUUGGCACUUUGUGCUAUUUCUAUUCUGGCUUCUUCGGUUUUCGGAAAAGUGAAGAAGUACUCGAACCGAAACAGAUACAACUUGAAGGGAUGUUAUAAGCAGACUGGAAAUGUCUACGAGCAUAAGCGCAACGACAGACCAUACGAAUUGGAAGAAUUCGACUCGGAAGACCUUCCAAAGACUUGGGAUUGGAGAGAUGCUAACGGAAUCAACUACGCCUCCGCCGACAGAAACCAACACAUUCCACAAUACUGCGGAUCGUGCUGGGCGUUCGGAGCGACCAGCGCCCUCGCCGAUCGUAUCAACAUCAAGAGAAAGAACGCGUGGCCACAAGCGUAUCUUUCAGUUCAAGAAGUUAUCGAUUGCUCGGGAGCAGGAACAUGUGUGAUGGGUGGAGAGCCAGGAGGUGUCUACAAGUAUGCUCAUGAACACGGAAUCCCACACGAGACAUGCAACAACUAUCAGGCCAGAGAUGGAAAAUGCGAUCCAUACAAUCGUUGCGGAUCGUGCUGGCCAGGAGAGUGUUUCUCCAUCAAAAACUACACAUUGUACAAGGUGUCCGAGUACGGAACAGUCCGUGGAUACGAGAAGAUGAAGGCGGAAAUCUACCAUAAGGGACCAAUUGCAUGCGGAAUCGCUGCGACAAAAGCAUUCGAGACGUAUGCUGGAGGAAUCUACAAAGAGGUCACUGAUGAGGAUAUCGAUCAUAUUAUCUCAGUACAUGGAUGGGGUGUAGAUCAUGAGUCAGGAGUCGAGUACUGGAUUGGACGGAACUCGUGGGGAGAGCCAUGGGGAGAGCACGGAUGGUUCAAAAUUGUUACUUCGCAAUAUAAGAAUUCGGGAAGCAAGUACAACUUGAAGAUUGAGGAGGACUGUGUUUGGGCUGACCCAAUCGUUUAA